UAGGAGUUUCCUUAAAUGUUACUUCAUCAUAAGCCCCUUGCAAGGAAAACACUCUCACUGCCAAUGGUGAAGAAGAGCUGCUGGGAUAAAAGGAGCAAGACCUUUCUCCCUCCAGCCUUGCUGAAUGUUGGCCUUGCAACAGCUGACCAUUCUGGUCCAGAGAGAGAGACUGAGAUGGCCAUGGAUCGACUAGCCAGUGGAACACAGAGCAUCCCUAAUGACAUUCCUACCCAUGGUGAGGAUGCACAUUCUAAAGAGGAAGGCUUUGCUGUGGAUGAGGAGUCUGAUGGGGAAAAGAGUACCUGGGAGCUGUCCGAAGGAACACGCUGUCCACUCAAGCAACAGACCGCUGAUCUUUUUAAUGAGGACUGGGAUUUGGAGUUGAAAGCAGAUCAAGGGAAUCCUUAUGAUGCUGAUGACAUUCAGGGGAGCAUUUAUCAAGAGAUCAAACCUUGGGUGUGCUGUGCCCCACAAGGAGACAUGAUCUAUGAUCCCAGUUGGCACCACCCUCCUCCGCUGAUUCCCCAUUAUUCUAAGAUGGUCUUUGAAACAGGACAGUUUGAUGAUGCUGAAGAUUGAAUGUGGAGCUUUCUGCCUUGUAGUAGGUGGGUCCUGCAGGUUAAAGUCUCUCUUCCUAUCUUUGAGGUGAGAUGUCCUAUUUGAGACGAUGUUCUCAGUUAUUCCCAGGUCUGGACUGCACAGAUCUAUGUUAAAUAAGUUCCUCCUAUUGUUAAGUACGGUCCUACUGUUUCCCCUAGUUCUGCUGUUGUUGUUUUAAUGGACUCCUUCUUGGGAUGCGUGAAGUGUUUGUAUCUGCGUCUGCGUCAGGAAGAAGGGGUGUGUUCUUUAUAAAUAAAAAUAGGAA